CACACGAAGCUCGGGCGAGUUCCGUGCGAGUUUUUUCUUUUCUUUUGAGCUUGUCGGUCAUCGUCGCUCCUUCGUUCGCGGUGCCGCCACAGUAACGCCGUUACUUUGCUACACAGCAACAGAGUGGAGGCGAGAGUGGAGGCUAAUCAGACGGAAGGCCGCCACGUCGUGGGAGGGUGCAGCAGAGAUCCUGAGGACUCGGGGCAGCGGCAUCCAAUUUGCCGGACUACAUGGUCAAGCCUACAGAGCUUCUCGCUUCUCCAAGAUGGAGGCGAAUGUCAACUUCUGCUAAUUUAACUGUUAGCCAUGUCCUGACGGCCAACAUGUGUCUGUGCGGAUCACAACAGGCAAGAUGAACCAGGAAGAGGUAUUGGCAAAGCUGAAGAAGGAUGUUCGCUCCUUGCUCAUUUCAUCCAAGAUGGGCCUGGACCCUGAUCAGCUCAGGCGAGACUAUGUCGCAAUGUUAGGGCAUCCCAUACCCCUGAAACUCCUGGGCUUCAGAAGUGUUAUGGAUAUGGUGAAGGAGAUGCCAGACGUGGUGUCUGUUAAAUUCAGGACAGACGGUAGCACAUUCUUAAAGGCUGUUGGGGAUGAGUCCACCCGGAAUAUUGAGGAGCUGGUAGCCAAGCAGCGCACAUCUAAGGCCAAAAAGAAAGUCAGGAGGGGCACUGUAAGCUACUUCUCGCCCCGCUACUGUCACCUGUCCCCCUCUGUGGUCCUUCCUAGAAGAGGCCAGGCUCUUCCAGCUCUCCCUGCCCAGCUCAGGGCACAGCUCCGCCUCCUGCUCUCCCAGGGUCCUCUCAGGUUGUCUGAGCUGGAGGCCAGCUUCCUGCGCUGCUUCGGCCACCCUUUGCGUGUCCACAAUUAUGGCUUCUACUCCACUGGAGAGAUGCUGGAGGCAGCGACGGACCUGAUCCUCAUCCAACAGGGCAGACUGGGCUCAGUUCUGAAACUGAGGGAACACAUGCUACCCAGGCCUCUGCUCAGACCAUCUAGUUCCUCACAAAGGACUGGACCUAUAAAACCGGAAUCGAAAAAAACUGACAAACCAGCAUCCAAAGGGCCUGACACCAGAGCUCAGACAGCGACAAUACCCCCAGUCCCAGUGAAGCAGAGUCCUCUGAACCAGCCUUCUACUGAGAUUACCUUGGGCCCUGUCUGUAAAAAGUCAACAACUGUCAAUAACAUGCCAAAACCAGAGAAUAAACCAGAGCUCUGCCAGGAAGGCGGCUUUUUUCAGAAACGUGUCCUCAAGGUCUUGCUGCAUAAUCUGGAUAUACAAAUAAAACCUAAUCAGAUGCUGGAAGAGGAGCUACGCCAGCGAAUCCUGGAGAAUGGAUUAGCUGGCACCAUUAGUCAGGAGCUGAAGGACAAGUUGAGAAAGGUUGUAGGUCAGACCUGCGGUGGAUUAUCAGUGCACGAUCUGCCUGAUGAGUAUAAGAGGCUUUUUGGUGAGGAGCUGCCACUGCUACAGAAUGGCUUUGUCAGUGUCACUGAGCUGGUCGGAGCCAUGAGUGACAUCUUCCACCUGAAACCUGCAGGGGGUGACAAGGGACAACACUGGAUAGUCAUGGUCAUACAGGACAGUGACAGUACACACUCAGACUCAAGGGAAACUGGGAAUUUUGGUAACGGUGUGAAGCCGUCAUUUAGGAGCUACUACUUCAGCUCUGGAGAGUCUCCUUGGGAAGGCAAACCGGAAGCGGACGAUGACGAUAAUGUCACAGCAGAUGACAAGAAUGAGGAGCUGGAGACCAGUAAAAAUUCCAAGACCCAAGAAAUGAUGUAUCCUGCCAUUCAGGUGCAUUGCAGGCCUGCUUUUCCCCUGGAUGCCCUGCAAGGUGAACGCCUCAGACCGCCGAUGCACCAUGGUGCUCGAGAGCUGGUAGAAGUCCAGGUGGAACAAGUGGAGUCGCCAGGACGUUUCUACAUCCGCUUCAGCGAGAGUGAGGAGGCGCGAGCUAUGGAGGACAUGAUGAUUGAGAUGAGGCGAUGUUACACCUGUCCUGAGGUGUCAGAGCGCUACUGCCUCCCUGAACAAUUUGUUCGACGGGGUCAGGUCUGCUGCAUGUCACCUAAAGGAAUGUGGUUCUACCGGGUGGUGAUCCAUCAGAUCAUCAGCCCCACUCAAGUUGAGGUCUACUAUGUCGACUUUGGUGAUAUAACCAUUGUGCAGAGUGCCAAGCUCAAGUUCCUCAAGUCAUGUUAUUCGGUUCUUCCAGCACAAGCUGUUCCAUCAUCACUCGCUGGAAUCAAACCCACCGCUGGCAGCUGGACUGCUAAGGCCACAACUUCUUUCCAGAAACUGUGCUCUGAUCGCACCCUGGUGGGCGCUCUGGAUUGUUACACUGGAGAUGUGCUGCAGCUGUACCUGUGCGACACACAUACUGAUAACGACAUCUACAUCCACACUGUCUUGCUGAGCCAGGGACACGGGACACCCUGCAGCCCUGCAGCCAGUGCAGCACUGUGUGUCCAGGUGACUCCAGUGAGUCUCUACCUGGGGGAUGGAAUGGUUGACCUGCCGGAGGUAAUAGACAAGAUGACCUCCUGCCCUAAGACAACAAACACUCCUGAACAGUCCAUGUCGACCACACCGAAGGCAGAAGAGGAAGAAUUGCCCGCCCUGGAGUUUAUUGAGGACAAUGAGGUCAGCACCCACAUCCAGGGUAAGCAGGCCAACCCAUUCAGUGCUCUGCUAAAUGACCAAACCCUCAGCUGUAGUGAAUUGGGCUGGGCCUUGACCAAUGAAUCUGCUCCUACUAACCCUACAAGUCCCGCUUCCAGCCCUCUCGCCCCUCCAGAUCUGAUCCAGUCCAAGACAACCCGAGCUCACUGUAAAGCUGAUCUUAAAACGAUGGGCAUGACUCCUCCACCAGCUCCAUCCAGCAUUAUUUCCAGGUACUGCUGGCUGACACAAGGAGAGAAGCAGCACCAGCCAAAGGUCACUGCCCCCUCGUUGGUCAGGCCAAUUCCAAUCCUGAGGACCCUGAGCCUCCACACCCCUAACCUGGGUCAAAUCAAGGACUGCACUCAGGGUGUACCUGUUUCUCCGCUCCACCUGCGAAACAUCCUGUUUCCUUUGUUUGGGGCCAGGUAGGUCAUGCCUCCGAAAUUCCACCCCAAACCAACUCCCAACCCAAAUGCCUUAAUGAGUCAAAACACGAAGGAAUAUUUACAGUGAUCCUUAAUAACUAAACAGCUGAUAAAAUAUAAUGACACUCUUGGAGAAUCCAGUUUAGGAAUCAUUUUGUCACCAAGGACUUGUGUUAUGCACUGACUUGUAAAUAGUGUGAAAAUCAUUUUUAUUAGAAGUUCAUUUUCAUGUCAUUUUAUUCUCAUGUAGCUCAGUUAAAUUGUAUGUUAGGCUCUGUUAGGUUGAUAUUUUUGUAAUCGUAGCACUAACAGCUUGUUCUUGGAAGAUAAACACAAAAAUAUUGGAAAAUGGAUGGCUGUUCUUUUGUAAAUGUGAAUAAACUUGUCAAUGCUUUUUGUUCUACAAAUACUUUUUUGUAUGAGACAAGCUUUUUAUCAUUUUCUCAGAGGCCAUCAAGAUGUGUUAAAUGGUUUGACUUCCUUUUACAUAUUAGUGUUGUUCUGGACAGGGGUUAAAACACUUCAAAAUGCUGUUGUAAUGAACAUUACAGAAAGAUGUGAGUCAUGACAAAGGUAAUUUU